UUAUUAGUAACAGCGGCGGCGGCGGCCGCCCCGAGAGAUCCCGAGGUGUGACUGGUGCUCUCGUUCCUCCCGUCGCCAUCCCAGACGAGGGGCGUGAAGACCCGAGAGAGUGGAGCAGAAGCCGAGGGAGGAAUCCGCGAGAUGAAGAAGCCUCCUCUGGCCGCGCUGGGAAUGUUUCCUUGGCAGGCGUGCCCUUUUUAAUUUGGGGUUCAGUUGGAGAGGGAAACCCGUCUUUCCUCAGAGCAGCAGCAACAGCACGGCGAGCUGUCUCUUCGCAGUGGGAUGUUCUCAUCUGUGCAUUCGUGCCGGCUUCCUUGGCUUGGAUAUAGCAUCAUAUUAGCGCCUGCCUUUACUACAGUCUGUAACUAAUAACUAAAUAAAGGAUGCGGAGAUUUGUCUACUGCAAGGUGGUUCUUGCCACUUCUCUCAUGUGGGUGCUGGUUGAUGUGUUUCUCCUGCUGUACUUCAGUGAGUGUAACAAAUGUGAUGACAAGAAAGAAAGGUCCCUGCUGCCUGCUCUAAGGGCUGUUAUGUCAAGAAGCCAAGAAGGACCAGGAGAGAUGGGAAAAGCAGUUCUCAUUCCCAAGGAUGAUCAGGAAAAAAUGAAAGAGCUUUUUAAAAUCAACCAAUUUAAUCUUAUGGCCAGUGACAUGAUUGCGUUCAACCGAAGUUUGCCUGAUGUAAGAUUAGAAGGAUGUAAGACAAAAGUCUACCCUGAUGAACUACCCACCACAAGUGUGGUCAUAGUGUUUCAUAAUGAAGCUUGGAGCACUUUGCUUCGUACAAUUUACAGUGUUAUCAAUCGGUCUCCACACUAUCUACUUUCUGAGAUCAUCAUGGUAGAUGAUGCCAGCGAAAGAGAUUUUCUGAAGCUCCCAUUAGAGAAUUACGUAAGAAAUUUGCAAGUGCCGGUAAAAAUUAUUAGGAUGGAGCAACGGUCAGGACUGAUUCGAGCUCGGCUAAGAGGUGCUGCUGCUUCCAAAGGCCAGGUCAUCACUUUCUUGGAUGCCCACUGUGAAUGCACCACAGGUUGGCUGGAGCCCUUGCUGGCAAGAAUAAAAGAAGACAGGAAAAUUGUUGUAUGCCCAAUUAUCGAUGUAAUCAGUGAUGACACAUUUGAAUAUAUGGCUGGAUCAGACAUGACUUAUGGAGGAUUUAAUUGGAAACUUAAUUUUCGUUGGUACCCUGUUCCCCAAAGAGAAAUGGACAGAAGGAAAGGAGACAGAACUUUGCCUGUGAGGACCCCUACUAUGGCUGGUGGCCUAUUUUCUAUUGACAGAAACUACUUUGAAGAGAUAGGAACAUACGAUGCAGGAAUGGAUAUCUGGGGUGGAGAGAAUCUUGAAAUGUCUUUUAGGAUAUGGCAGUGUGGAGGCUCACUGGAGAUUGUAACAUGUUCGCAUGUUGGCCAUGUUUUUCGAAAAGCGACUCCUUAUACAUUUCCUGGUGGUACUGGUCAUGUAAUUAACAAAAACAAUAGACGACUUGCAGAAGUGUGGAUGGAUGAAUUUAAAGACUUCUUCUACAUAAUAUCUCCAGGAGUUGUCAAAGUGGAUUAUGGAGAUGUAUCCGUCAGAAAAGCAUUGAGAGAAAAUUUGAAAUGUAAACCAUUUUCAUGGUACCUAGAAAAUGUGUAUCCAGACUCUCAGAUUCCACGACGCUAUUACUCCCUUGGAGAGAUCAGAAAUGUUGAGACAAACCAAUGUUUAGAUAACAUGGGACGUAAGGAAAAUGAAAAAGUAGGCAUAUUCAACUGUCAUGGCAUGGGAGGAAAUCAGGUAUUUUCAUACACUGCCGACAAGGAAAUUCGCACAGAUGAUUUAUGUUUGGAUGUCUCUAGGCUCAAUGGGCCGGUAAUUAUGUUGAAGUGCCAUCACAUGAGAGGAAAUCAACUUUGGGAAUAUGAUGCCGAGCGACUGACCUUGAGACAUGUGAACAGUAACCAGUGUCUUGACGAGCCCUCAGAGGACGACAAAAUGGUUCCUACCAUGAAGGACUGCAGCGAAAGCCGAUCCCAGCAGUGGCUGUUACGUAACAUGACCUUGGGUGCCUAAAGCCAAGACAGACGUCAUGUCCUUCCUCAGGCCUUGGAAGGGUCUAACCUGCUCACGAAAGGAUGUUCUUCUUCCCUUGUUGUCGGUGAAGAGAAAGGGUUUGGAUGCUUGAUUAAAAGCCCACAUGCCAGAAAACAACUUUUUUUAAUUGCUUAAAAGCAUGGUUGCACUUUUUUUUCCCCUCUGAUUUUUUUUUACCAGACAGCUGAACACAUGGACGCAUUAUUCACCCUGGCAUAUACAGUAUUAUGAGGACAUACCAGUUUUGAGAAAAGUUGACUCCAGAAAAGCAUUACAAAGCAAAAUUCCAAGGGGGUGGGAAGUGGCUUGCUGUGGGUUCUGUCCUGUCAUGUGGCUUGAAAGUGACAGUGUUAAAUGCCUUAUGAAGCUCACUUGCAUUGUGAAAGAUGGUAA